AUGACAAAUAAUUACAAAGAUUGCCACGAAUUGAAAUUCUUGGAUAAUCCUAAUGAAUGUGAUAUCACUUUCAAAAUUGAAAACAAGACAAUCGCUGCUAACAAAUGGUUACUUAGAUUGAGAAGCGAUGUGUUUAACGCCAUGUUUUCAGUUGAAUUCACAGAAUCUACUGAAUCAGUGAUUGACAUCAAAGACAUAAAAUACAACACAUUUAAAGCACUUCUCAAAUAUAUUUAUUGCAACCGAAUUAUACUUGAAAACGAUUGCAAUUGUCAUCAAGUAAUGGAUCUAUACAUAUGUGCCGACAUAUAUCAUAUAAAGUCAUUGAUGGAAACACUGGAGAAAAUGUUGAUCCAAAUGAUCAACUUUGAGACCAUUGAAGAGAUCUACGAAUUUGCCAAACAGUAUAGCGUUGAGACUAUGUUUGCAAAAUUGAAUUCUUUUCUUAACAAUAAUCUCGACUAUUAUAUGACCAAAACUAUCAGUGAAUUGAAACGAUUGGCGACAUUGAGUGAUGGAUAUCUGAUGGAACUGUUGGUCGAGUGGAAGAAUAAUGAAAUCUUAAGAUUAGAAACCAUAUUAUCUCAAUUGGCCGCCAAUUGUUAUCAAUGCAAAAACAGGAUUACUUUCAAUGCUAACAAUAGAUUUUGA